UCUAAACAUCCAACUUUCUUUCUCACGCCUUCAUUUAACUUAAACUUCAAACUACCUCGUCGCGUGCGAGUGACUCCGUGCCUUUUGUCUUCAUGUUUCAGCUAAAAUCAAAAACUCCCAAACUGAAUGGUUGUACUCUGUACUUCCUGGUUGUCUGCUACUCUUAUUGUCGGGAUAGCAAGCUACUACUGUGUUUGUCAUGACGUACGAAUUGAGCAUGGCAGUGUUUGACAACUGCACUGUGCUUUUCGAGCUGAAAAACUUGUCGUUCAAGGCGAAGAGGAGUGUGACGUCACUGGUGACCGAAAACGGAGGAAAACUUUGCUUUGUGGUCAACAAGCAAUGCUCCUUCGUGGUCGUCAGCGACGUGUCCCACCUGAGCACCAACAGGCUGCGGAGCAUCCAGAAGUACCAAACGCCAGUGGUGGGUGUGGAAUAUGUACACACCUGUCUGAGGAGAGGCGUCCUCCUGCUUAUCGAGGACUACAAGCUGGAUACUUCCUCGCCUUCAUCUCCCUCGCUUCCUCAUACCUUGCCUGUUCAAGGAUUCAACCAUCAAGCGCUUGCAGCCGACAGAGCGGUUGCCGAGCUCUCGGUGGAUGAAAGCUUGCCCCCGGAGAAGAGUGGAGACAUCCUGGGCAAGUUCAGGAUUUACACGGAGUGGGACGAAGACCUUCCCGCAUAUCCGGAUGACUUCAGCGUGGCCAAGUAUUCCAUCUUUCAAAAGAAUGGCAGCAGCGCCUGCUGUGUGCUGGAGCUGCAGAGCGCCAAAGGAGAGAAAGGGCAGCAGUACCGCGUGGUGCGGUACCGUAAGGACGAUGUGGGGGCCAACGAAACGGUGGAGAGGGACAUGGUGGUGUUCCCGCCCACUUCAGAGGAGGCUGUGGAGGUCUACAGGACCCUGACAGAGUCUCUGCCCGCUUCCGGUCUUCAGCCGAGGAUCGACAUGCCCCAACAGGCCCGAGACCUGGGCUCAGCCCCCCUGCGACAGCUGCUGCUGGAGGAGAAACUGAGCGCAGGAGUCUUGUCACACGAUGUGGGCGUCUUUGUGGAGCUGCUCUGGACCGAGGCCCUGGGUUGCCUUGGCAACAUCCUCCAAGUCCCUGUCAACAAACUCAGCCUCAAUGACGUGAGCAGAGCAGAGGGCUUGUUGAUUCAAGCUCAGAGAAACCUGCUGGAGGGGCAGCACAUGGAAGUGGCCCGACUUCUGUUUGAAGUGUACACCCUGCUGCCACACAGGAUGCCCACCAUGACCCUCAACACCAAGCUUUUUUCUCAGAAGCUGGACCUGUGUCAGUUAAUCCGAGACAUCCUGAACGUGAGCGAGAUGACCCUGAGGAGCCCCACCCCUUCCAGCGUGGGAAAGUUCCGCGCCCUGCGUUGCAGCAUCGAAGCGGUGGACCACGGCGGCCCAGAGUCUCGCGCUGUGGCGUCUCUGCUGCGGGACAGCGCCGUGCAGAUACAUCAGGUGCUGCGAGUCAGCAGAGCCGUGGAGCUUCAGACUUUUAAAGGCCAGCUCGGCAACAUCAAGUCCCUCCUCCACUCCUCCAGUGCCAGUAACUUUGUCGGAAUUCUGUCAAGGGGUCUGCUGCUGCCUUAUGUUGGAGUGGAGCACCACGGCAUUGACAGAACAGACGCUGGCAGCCUUGGAAGUGGUAUCUACUUCAGCGAUAGCAUGAGAUGCACAUGGUCACUAAGCUAUGUGUCCUCCUACGUCCUGCAGCACUUGUCUCAAGUACGCCAAGCCCAGCGCCACAGACGGCUCUCGGCUGCUCAUGGUGUGCGACGUGGCCCUGGGGGAUUGCAUGGAGCUCCACCGGAAAGACCCCACACUGACUCGGGCCCCCGAGGGACACGACAGUGUGCGUGCCGUCCGCCGCACUUCCUUCAUUCAGUCAGAGUUUGAGGUAGGGCUGAGGAGUGUGUCAGUGUGACAAAAUAGUUUAAUGAGCAUACGUGCUGCAGCUGGAAGUGAAAUAUCAGUCAAUCUAUGGAUAUAUCAAUGGAUUAAUCAAACAUUAAUAAUCAAUCGAUUGUGUAAAACACAACAAUGAAAGAUAAAUGGAGUGCAAUACUUGGGUGCAACCAGUAGAGGCGCUGUUGAUUCCAUCCUUUUUACUGGUGGCCUUGCCAAGAAAAUCCACAAGUAAUUGACACGGCCUUAAAAAUGUCUAUUUUUGACACACGGCUCGCUCCCCCAUCCCCUCUGAACACUCAUGCUAGUGUGACGUUGAUGUUCUCGUCCGAUGUCAGUUCAACAUUUGCAAUAGAAGUGACGAAGUGAAUCUUCAACUUGUAUGACUUGGUUUUCCUGGUUUUGGUACAUUGUCUUGAUUUUCAUAUAAUAUUGCAUAUAACAAACUGGUCAGUUUGCCCUCUACUGUAUUGUUCUGCGAAUUUGAGUGCCCAGCAACUCACUGGUCUUAAUAACCUGUCAUUGGACCAAAAAGUGAUUCUCUAUUUUUUGUCAGAAAUUUGUACAUUUCUGACAAUUUCCAUAUGAGUUAUUGUGCAAACAUGGUUCAAGCACGAAUAAAGAAACUAACAGGCCUGCCAAGCUUGAGGACAUUUGAUGAGUAUAGUCCCCCCCCGCCUCGUUCCACUGAUAUAGGUUAACAUUGUGAGACACUUGUGGGACAUACCGUUUUACAUCCAUGACGCACUUGCCAUCAGGGUUAUACUUAAUAUGAAAACCAAAGUGGUUCCAAAUGCCAGAUCCUGAAGGAUGGUGGAGGAUCUCGAAUAUCAGGUACAUAUUUAAGGCAUUAGCAGGGUUCCCACAUGUCCUGAAAAAACCUAGAAAAUGAUUGACCAUUUUUAGUCAUGGAAAACAUUGAAAAUGGAAAACAAAAAUGCAAAUGUUUUGGAAACAGUUAUCCUGGAAAAUGAUUUAUCCUCUCCCUGCCUUGUGAAUGCAAACGGGUUAAAAGUUAAGCGCACGUAAUCUCACCUCACAUUAUCUUCUGGGCAACAUUACAGUGCUUAUGACACCAAAAAAAUGCUUGGAAAAAAGCAAUAAAAAAUAAGAGUCAUCCUUAAAAGCAUCCUUAACGAAUGCACAUCAUGUCAAGCCACAUAUCUCAGUUGUGAUGGCAGACGGAGCCACGAUCGCAUCCCCACUCUUUAAAACACAUCAACAGCAGUGCAAUUCCAACACCAUAUACAGUAUUUAUCUCCAACUCACAAAAACGUCUCUAGUCCACUCGACCUGGGAACAACACUUCCUCAUUGUCACUAGACGGCCCGUGAGAUGCAUUCACUGACACUUCGAAAAUCACAGCGACGUUGGUGUGGUCUAAAUAAACAGCAAGGCAAAGAAAGACAGUAAGUCCAUAUUCUUAUAUCUCAGUAACCUAACUCUUACUGCAGAGGUACAAUUUGCUGCAUUUAAGUAUGCUCGGAAAACCCCAAAAAAUACAUCUACACCCAAAAAAUGUGAAUUCAACUUAAGUCACGUAGUGUCUUUGAAUGUAACCUUUCAUGGCUCAUAAUACCCUACCUGAACAAAACAAACGCACGAAAAGCAGCAGGCCCAGACAACAUCUCUAAGGCGGUCCACUCCAGGUUUGCUCAUCAGAGCUAGCUGAUGUGCUUGCUGACAUAUUUAACCUGUCGCUUGCACAAGCAUCUGUACCGACCAGCUUUAAGUCCACCACCAUAGUGCCCGUACCCAAGAAGAGCAACAUGACCUGCUUCAAUGACUAUCGCCCUAUAGCACUCACUCCUAUUGUAAUGAAGUGCUUUGAAAGAAUAGUCAUGACCCACAUCAAAAAGAGCAUCCCGGGAACUGUGGACCCUCUACAGUUUGCAUAUCGCCAGAACCGGUCCACGGAUGAUGCAGUCAACACUGCCAUCCACACAGCCCUUUCUCACCUACAGGGCCAGGACACAUAUGUCAGCAUGCUAUUUAUAGACUAUAGCUCUGCUUUUAACACAAACACAAACUCACAAGCUCCUCACACUUGGCCUGUCACCCUCCCUCUGUAACUGGGUGUUGAACUUUCUAACAGGCAGGCCCCAGUCAGUCAGAGUCCACAAUCGCACAUCCAGCUCAGGAAUUGUGAGCACUGGGACCCCACAAGGGGUGUGUGCUGAGUCCGCUCCUCUACACGCUCUUCACCUACGAUUGCGUGGCCUCCCAGAACAACACAAGCAUCAGUACAUUUGUGGAUGACAGCCAUCGGCCUGAUCACUGGUGGUGUUGAAACAUCAUACAGAAGAGAGGUGGCGGACCUCAUAGCUUGGUGUCGUGAUAACAAUCUCCUUCUCAAUACAGAUAAGACUAAAGAGAUGAUGAUCGACCCAAGAACAAGGGAAAAGGAGCCGCAUAGACCCCUGUUUAUUGAUGAGACUGAGGUGGAGAGGGUGAAAACCUUCAAGUUCCUUGGCACACACGUCAGCGAGGACCUCACCUGGUCUCACAACACCCAACAAAUUCUGAAGAAGUCCCAAAGGAGACUGUACUUCCUGAGAAGACUGAGGAAAUUUGGCAUGUCCACCACAAUCCUGAGUUGCUUCUACAGAUGCACUAUGGAAAGUGUCCUUACAGCCUCCAUCACUGUUUGGUACGGUAACUGUACAACACGUGAUAGGAAGGCACUCCAGCGGGUGAUCAAGACCUCACAGAACAUUGUUGGGGCGGCCCUCCCCUCACUGCAAGACAUUAAUAAAACUAGAGUACUAUGCAGAACACACAACCUCAUCAAGGACAGCACACAUCCAUAACACUCAUUAUUCACACUCCUACCGUCAGGCAGACGCUACAGGAGUUUGAAGUCCAGGACCACAAGGCUGGCAAACAGCUUUUAGCCACAGGCCAUCAGGCUUCUCAACGAAGCACUCACACACGCCGCACGCAACACACGCACACACUCAUAGCACUUUAUUUAUUUAUUUGUUUGUUUGUUUGUUUGUUUGUUUGUUUGUAUUUAUUUAUGUUUCUUAUGUUCUUAUUCUAUCUUGUGUUUUCUUUCUUUUCUUGGGAGAAUGAACAGAAUAAGAAUUUCAUUGCAUAGUAUAACUGCCUGUUUUACUAUGCAUAUGACAAUAAAACUCUUGAAUCUUGAAAAGAAAGAUUAGACUCUCGGCUUUCAUCAGAAAAAAACAUUUGUUUCUACCUUUUUCCAUUCUUUAGUAACCAGCAGUAGAACAUAGGUAAGUUUCAGGAAAAUAUCAGUUCCCAAACAAAAAAGGGAGAAAACCCAACUUUUUGUAAAAAGAUACAUUUCAAGCAUAACUUUCACUUUGACAUGAAUUUUGUGCUUUUGUGACAGCUCAAAUAUCUAAACAACCAUACCAACAUAAACAACACAAAAAGGUGACAACACAAAAACAUUAAAAUAACAAUUUAUUUACAAAUAUGACACCAUGAACUAGUUACAAUUUUCACAUUUGGAACUUAACUGGGCCGCACAGUGGUCUAGUGGCCACACAGUCACAGUCUGGAGAUCGGGAAGACCUGGGUUCGAUUCUCCGUUGGGCAUUUCUGUGUGGAGUUUGCAUGUUCUCCCCGUGCAUGUGAGGGUUUUCUCCGGGUACUCCGGCUUCCUCCCACAUUCCAAAAACAUGCAUGUUAGGUUCAUUGGUGACUCUAAAUUGUCCAUAGGUAUGAAUGUGAGUGUGAAUGGUUGUUUGUCUACAGACCCUUUCCAAAAAAUCAGAAUAUCAUGGAAAAGUUGUUUAAUUUCCAUAAUUCCAUUCAAAAAGUUUAACUUUCAUAGAUUAUAGAUUCAGGGCCCACAAUUGAAAUGAUUUCAAGUAUUUAUUUGUUUAUUUUUACAUAAUUUGGGCUUCCAGCUCAUUAAACCCACGAAAACAGGAAUUCAAAAAAUUCGAAUCCAAGAAGAAAUCAGCCCAAAUUUUGCAGGGCAUGAAUGUUUUAAACUGAGUGUCACACACUAAUCAUCUACUAAACUCAAAUCACCUGCACAGGCUUCCCCAGGUGUCAUUAAAUUGCUUCAGUUUGGUUCAAUUGUCUCAGUUGGGUUCAAUAUGGGGAAGACUGCAGACAUGACAACUGGCCAGAAGACCAUCAUUGAUACCCUCCAUAGGAUGGGUAAGCCACAAAAGUUCAUAGCUAAGGAGGCUGGUUGUUCUCAGAGUGCUGUGUCCAAGCAUAUCAAUGGAAAGUCUAGAGGAAGGGCAAAAUGUGGCAGGAGAAGAUGCACCAGCAAAAGAGAUGACCGUGGGCUUCAACGGAUUAUCAAACAGGGAAGAUUCAAGAAUCUGGCAGAGAUCGAGAAAGAGUGGAAUGAGGCGGGAGUCACAGCUUCAAAAACCACCACAUUCAGACGCAUCCGGGAGAUGGGCUACAACUGUCGGGUUCCUCGGGUCAAGCCACUUGUGAACCUGAGCCAACGUAGGAAGCGUCUCCACUGGGCCAAGGAGAAGAAUGACUGGACUGUUGGCCAGUGAUCCAAGGUCCUCUUUUCCGAUGAAAGUAAAGUCUUUCAUUUGGGAAUCAAGGUCCAAGGGUUUGGAGGAAGACGGGUGAGGAACAGAACCCAAACUGCCUGAGGUCCAGUGUGAAAUAUCCACAGUCCGUCAUGAUUUGGGGUGCAAUGUCCGGUGCAGGUGUUGGUAAACUCUGCUUUCUUAAAUCCAAGGUCACCGCAACAGUCUACCAGAAUGUUUUAGAGGACUUCAUGAUUCUUUCUGCUGAGGAUCUGUAUGGAGAUGCAGAUUUCAUCUUCCAGCACGACCUGGCCCCUGCCCAUACCGCCAGAAGCACCAAAACCUGGUUUGAUGCCCAUGCCAUCACAGUGCUUGACUGGCCAGCCAACUCACCGGACCUAAACCCCAUUGAGAAUCUAUGGGGUAUUCUCAAGAGGAACCUGAGGGGCACCAGACCCAACAACAAAGAAGAGCUGACAGCAAGCAUCAAGGAAAUCUGGGCUUCCAUAACUCCCAGGCAAUGCCACAGGCUGAUUGCUUCAAUGCCACGUGGCAUCGAGGCAGUGAUUAAGGCAAAGGGGUUCCCAACCAAGUACUGAAGAUUGACAUAUCGUUUUGAAAGUACCAUAUUUUGAUUGAUUUGAUGUGAUCCUAAUUUCUUUCUUUUUUUUCCUGCAAAAACUGAGAAGUAAAUGGUGAUUUCUUCACAGUAUUCAAAUUUUUUGAAUUCCUGUUUUCAUGGGUUUUAUGAGCUG